AUCAGAAUUCAGCUGGAGUUGCCGCUGCAUCACUGAUUUUCUCGGCUAUCUAGCGAGCAAAAAUCAACCGCGAAUACACUUGGAGUAAUUCACAUCAUUAAUUAUUUUGUCUUGUGUGAGAAAAUAAGCUUGUAUUUACGAAGACACUGUGAGAAAUGGGAAGAGAGAAGGAGGCCAAAGGAGAAGGCAAGGCUAAGCACACAUCAGCUAACGCUAAACUGAAACGGCUGAGUGAUGAGGAGAGAGCCGGAGCCGGAGGGGAUACACCCAAGAAGAGCAAGAAGUCAAGUAGAUCCACAGAGAAAACAGACAAUGGGAAGGCCCAAAAGAAGGUCAAAACACCUGAGACAGAGACACUGGAAUAUGCCAAUAGUGACAGUGUGGUGGUGAAAGAGGAGUCAUUAGAUGGGGACUUCACUGAGGAGAAGAAAGGGACAAAAAGGAAAAGACCAAAAGAUGAGCCUCUGGAUGGCCCCUCUUACACCAGUUCUACCAGUUCUGCCCCUGUCUUAAAGAAAAAAAAGAAGAAACAUCGGCAGGAAGAAGAAAUUGGUGGAGGAGCUCAAAAAAAGAAGUCAAAGCACGGAAAAGAAAAGUUGGUGAAGAAAGAGGAGGAGGGUGAGCAUCCAGUUACAAAAAAACCAAAGAGGACAAAGGAGGAGAUUGAGGAGGCCAAACUCCUGAAGAUUAAACAGAAGGAGGAGGAGGAGCAGAAUCGCUGGAGAUGGUGGGAGGAAGAGAAAUAUGAAGAUGGGGUAAAGUGGAGGUUUCUGGAGCACAAAGGACCCUACUUCCCUCCUGAGUACCAGCCUUUACCAGAUAACGUUCAAUUCUACUAUAAUGGUAAGGCAGUGAAACUGAGCCUGGCAGCUGAGGAGGUGGCUGUCUUCUUUGCCCAGAUGCUCGACCAUGAGUACACCACCAAAAAAGUGUUUCGUGAGAACUUCUUCAAAGACUGGAGGAAGGAAAUGACCCACGAUGAGAGGUCAUUGAUUAAGGAUCUUGACAAAUGUGACUUUGGAGAGAUCCAUGCGAUGCAUAAAGCCAAGGUGGAGGCCAGGAAAAACAUGAGCAAGGAAGAGAAACUGGCUCUGAAAGAAGCUAAUCAGAAGAUAAUCGAUGAGUUUGGUUACUGUCUGCUGGACCACCACAAGGAACGCAUUGGUAACUUUAAGAUUGAGCCUCCAGGGCUGUUCCGAGGCAGGGGUGAGCAUCCCAAACAGGGUAUGCUGAAAAAAAGGAUACAACCAGAGGACGUCAUCAUCAAUUGCAGCAAAAACUCCUGUAUCCCAGCGGCGCCGCCUGGUCAUCACUGGAAGGAGAUCCGAUGUGACAACACUGUGACGUGGCUGGCCAGCUGGACCGAGAACAUCCAGGGCUCCAUUAAGUACAUCAUGCUCAAUGCCAACUCCAAGCUCAAGGGUGAGAAGGACUGGGAGAAGUAUGAGAUCGCUCGGAAACUCAAAUCCUGUGUGGAAGGCAUCCGCAGCCAGUACCACCAGGACCUCAAGUCCAAACAGAUGGGCACGCGUCAGAGAGCUGUGGCCCUCUACUUCAUAGAUAAGCUGGCACUGAGAGCAGGUAACGAGAAGGAGGAAGGGGAGACGGCAGACACAGUGGGCUGCUGCUCGCUGCGCGUUGAGCACAUCACCCUGCACGAGCAGCUGGACGGGAAUGAGUGUGUGGUGGAGUUCGACUUCCUGGGUAAAGACUCCAUCCGCUACUACAACAAGGUCCCAGUCAUCAGGAAGGUUUUCAAGAAUCUUAAACUGUUCAUGGAGAAUAAGGAACCUGGGGACGACAUGUUCGACCGCCUGAAUACAAACAUGCUGAACAAGCAUCUGAGUUCCCUGAUGAUGGGCCUGACAGCGAAGGUCUUCAGGACAUACAACGCAUCCAUCACCCUGCAGCAGCAGCUCAGAGAGCUCUCAAACAAGUCUGAAAACCAGGCAGAGAAGCUGCUCUCCUACAACAGAGCCAACAGAGCGGUUGCAAUUCUCUGCAACCACCAGCGGGCGCCGCCAAAGACCUUUGAGCAGUCCAUGGCUACCCUGCAGGCCAAAAUCGAUGCUAGGAAGGAGCAGUUGGCUCUGGCCAAGUCUGAGCUGAAACAGGCCAAGAAGGAGGCCAAGGCCAAAGGCAGCUCUGACCCCAAGCUGCAGACGCUGGUGGAGCGCAAGAAGAAUGCAGUGCAGCGCAGUGAGGAACAGCUGCUAAAGCUGGAGGUGCAGGCGACUGACAGAGAGGAGAACAAGCAGAUCGCCCUGGGCACCUCCAAGCUCAACUACCUGGACCCACGCAUCAGUGUGGCUUGGUGUAAAAACAUGGAGGUGCCUCUGGAAAAAAUCUACAACAAGAGCCAGAGAGACAAGUUUGCCUGGGCCAUCGACAUGACAGAAGCAGAUUUUGAGUUCUAACUCUGAACACUCUCAAAAGCUGAGGCAAAAACCAAACCGUAAACUUAAUAAGACAUACAGUACUUGACAUUUUGUUCAUGUUAAGUUCACAGGCUACUGCUGUUGUACUUGGUGAAGUUGGUGCAGCGACCUCUAUAAACUCAGGGCUUUGAAACAUUAGAAUGAGUCAAAUGAUUAAGCACUGACUUUAUGAUGCAUGUUAUGUUUUGUUAUCUGUUCAUUUCUUUUUAAUGUUUUUG